CCCCAUGCGACAUUGUCCCUUACUAGGGAGUACAUAUAAUGCCCAUACUUGCUGUCUAUAUGAACCAACGUCCGGCCCUGCAGCCUUCGCCAGACCGAACUGUAUUUCGGUGUCGGACGUCGGCAUGGCGGUGACGGGAGUGAGUGAGACUGGAGCAGACAUCCUGUACGGUAAUGUCAGUCGCGGCGGUCUCGGAAUUAUGUCAUUCAGGUCCGAUGUAGUAAAUGCGGUGGAAGGGCCAUCUAGCGUGUUGCCAGUCAUGGCGGUACCUACUCUGGAGCUCGUCAAGGUCCUCAUCCUUCCCGCGUCGCUCUCGCCAUAUCCGGAACCUAUCCCAAAAGAGUCCUGCAUGCCGUUUCCGCCCGUCUUCUCCAUCUCCUCUUCCUCCUCCUCGACGAGAAUGGGGAGCACCGUGACUACUGGUAGCAACCCAGCUUUUCGCAAGCAGCCUUCGCACUUCCUCCUCAAACCCGCCACCCUGGGCAUGGCCCUCGCGCAUCCGGCACUCGUACAGAUCCUUAUGAAUACAAAGGCGCCGUACAACAUCUCGGCUCCGACGGUGUCGCUCGCGCUCUUGGCGCUCUCGCCAUCCGCGGUCGCGGCCAUGAACGCGAAGCGCGAAUUUUGUGAUGGUGCCGGUGCUAGAGAAGAGCGUGAGGCUGCCGGGCAAUGCGCGCGCAAUAGGAUAUACAAGACUGCGGCGGAGGAAGAGGGCGUUGUCGUGCGGUACCGUGGAGGUGAGCUGGGAUGUGAGGGCUGCUUGCGGAUCACAGUAGGCAGUGCAGAAGAAAAUGUUAUCGCGCUGCGGAAGCUGGAGGAGUUGUUGAAGAAGCUGUAAGGCACAUUCUGGUCGCAGCACGGUGCUGCC